CUUCUCCCAGAUCGGUCACCCCUACCACCCAGAGGUCUCUCCCACCCCGGGGCGUGUCACUUCCUCCUCUGCAGUCUCCUCGAUCAGUACACAAAGCUGCCGCUGCUGCCAGAGGAAGGGCUGCUCUGCACGCACCUGCCAUGGUGGCUUUGUCAAUAGUCUUUGUUUUCCUGCUGGCCCUGAGCAGAGGUGAGAGUGAAUUAGACGCCAAGAUCCCAUCCCCAGGGGAGGCCACGCAACAGGAGGAUCCUGACCUGUCCUUGCGGGGGUCCUGCCAGCCAGCCCCCUCCUGUCAGAAGUGCAUCCUCUCACACCCCAGCUGUGCAUGGUGCAAGCAACUGAACUUCACCGCCUCGGGGGAGGCAGAGGCGAGGCGCUGCGGCCGGCGGGAGGAGCUGCUGGCUCGAGGCUGCCCACUCCAGGAGCUGGAAGAGCCCCGCGGCUGGCAGGACGUACUGCAGGACGAGCCACUCAGCCAGGGUGACCGCGGCGAGGGGGCCACCCAGUUGGCACCGCAGCGGGUCCGGAUCACGCUGCGACCUGGAGAGACCCAGCAGCUCCGGGUGCGCUUCCUCCGUGCCGCGGGAUACCCGGUGGACCUGUACUACCUUAUGGACCUGAGCUACUCCAUGAAGGACGACCUGGAACGCGUGCGCCAGCUCGGGCACGCCCUGCUGGUCCAGCUGCAGAAGGUCACCGACUCCGUCCGCAUUGGUUUCGGCUCCUUCGUGGAUAAGACAGUGCUGCCCUUUGUGAGUACAGUACCCGCCAAGCUGCGCCACCCCUGCCCCACCCGACUGGAGCCCUGCCAACCCCCCUUCAGCUUUCGCCAUGUGUUGUCCCUGACGGACAACGCUCAGGACUUCGAGCGGGAGGUGGGGCGCCAGAGUGUGUCUGGCAACCUGGACUCCCCGGAAGGUGGCUUCGAUGCCAUUCUGCAGGCUGCACUCUGUCAGAAACAGAUUGGCUGGAGAAACGUGUCCCGGCUGCUGGUGUUCACUUCAGAUGACACAUUCCACACAGCUGGAGACGGGAAGUUGGGUGGCAUUUUUAUGCCCAGUGAUGGGCACUGCCACUUAGACAGCAAUGGCCUCUACAGCCGCAGCCCAGAGUUUGACUACCCCUCUGUGGGUCAGGUAGCCCAGGCCCUCUCUGCAGCAAACAUCCAGCCCAUCUUUGCUGUCACCAGUCCCACACUGCCUGUCUACCAGGAGCUGAGUAAGCUGAUUCCAAAGUCUGCAGUCGGGGAGCUGAGUGAGGACUCCAGCAACGUGGUACAGCUCAUUAUGGACGCUUAUAAUAGCCUGUCAUCCACCGUGACCCUUGAACAUUCUUCGCUCCCUCCUGGGGUCCAUAUCUCUUAUGAAUCUCAGUGUGGGGGUCCUGAGAAGACAGAGAGUGAGGCUGGGGACCGGGGACAGUGCAAGCAAGUUGGAAUCAACCAAACGGUGAACUUCUGGGUUACUCUCCAAGCUACUAGCUGUCUCCCACAGCCCCAUCUCCUGAGGCUGCGGGCCCUUGGCUUCUCAGAAGAGGUGACUGUGGAGUUGCACACUGUGUGUGAUUGUAACUGCAGUGACACCCAGCUCCAGGCUCCCUACUGCAGUGAUGGCCAGGGGCACCUACAAUGUGGGGUGUGCAGCUGUGUGCCCGGCCGUCUGGGUCGGCUCUGUGAGUGCUCUGAGGCUGAGCUGUCCUCCCCUGACCUGGAAUCUGGGUGCCGAGCCCCCAAUGGGACAGGGCCCUUGUGCAGUGGGAAGGGACGGUGCCAGUGUGGACGCUGCAGCUGCAGUGGACAGAGCUCCGGGCGUCUAUGUGAGUGCGACGAUGCCAGCUGCGAGCGACAUGAGGGCAUCCUCUGUGGAGGUUUUGGCCACUGCCAAUGUGGAGUGUGUCACUGUCAUGCAAACCGCACGGGCAGAGCAUGUGAGUGCAGUGGGGACGUGGACAACUGUGUCAGUUCUGAGGGAGGACACUGCAGUGGGCACGGAUACUGCAAAUGCAACCGCUGCCAGUGCACGGAGGGCUACUACGGAGCUCUGUGUGACCAGUGCUCAGGCUGCAAGACACCAUGCGAGACACACAGGGACUGUGCAGAGUGUGGGGCCUUUGGGACUGGUCCUUUGGCUACCAAUUGCAGCAUGGCCUGUGCCCAUGCCAAUGUGACCCUGGAUUUGACCCCUGUCUUGGAUGAUGGCUGGUGCAAAGAGAGGACUCUGGACAACAAGCUGUUCUUCUUCCUGGUAACAAAUGAGGCUGGAGGCAGGGUCCUGCUGAGAGUGAAACCUCAAGAGCAGGGAGCAGACCACACUCAGGCUGUAGUGCUGGGUUGUAUCGGGGGCAUUGUGGCAGUGGGACUGGUGCUGGUCCUGGCUUAUCGGCUCUCAGUGGAGAUCUACGACCGCCGGGAGUACAGCCGCUUUGAAAAGGAGCGGCAGCAACUAAACUGGAAGCAGGACAACAAUCCUCUCUACAAAAGUGCCAUUACGACCACCAUCAAUCCCCGCUUUCAAGAGGCAGAUGACCCCCCUUUCUAAGUGGGGGAGGAACACUCACCCAGGACGACUCUCCUCCCCAGACGACAGAAGGAGGUGGGGCAUGGUGGGGCCUACUAGGCAGCAGUCUGGCAGGUGACAUUCAUUGCCACAACUGGUCACCGCCCGACUUCAUGUUCAGACACCUGCAGGGGCUGCUCCCCACUGCCACUGCCUUGCUGCCCUACCUCACGACUGGGGCUACCCUACCAAGUACACAAUAAAGUCUUCCCCAGAACACAGCUGUCGCUUGGACCCCUCAGAGCAGGCUGCUGAGCCCUGGCCUCAGGAAAGCUCACAUCCUCACCACCUGAGGGCAGAGAGAGGGUCUCACCCUCUGCCCCACCUGGUAACAGCUGGUUCUGACUGGGGCGGGGGGGGGAGGGUUUGCAGCAGUGAGCUGUGACUUCGUGGGUGAUGCUGGUGGAGGCCUGGAGCUCAUGGAACACGACUGCUGAUGACCAACCUCAUCCUGUCCUGUUGGGCAUGCUUUUUCUCUUGUGCAAAGAGGAUGCCAUUCUAAGGUGAGGGCUUAUGGGAUGCUGGAAGUUGGCAGAUGGUGAUAUUAGGAAAAAAGGAAACCACUAAAACCGCUGGCUUCCACAGAAAAAGCUGCCCCAAAGGAUAUGCUUCCCAAAGAGGACAUCGUAUGUAGAAAAGUCUCAUUUUAUUUAAAUAUCCUAAAUAUAUCACGAAGGAACAUACACUGCACUUUAAUGGUAAAAAGAUACAAGUUUAUAACAUCUUAUAAAAACUACCACUUAAAAGUGA